AUGCUGCCCUUUAUUCUAAGUGCUCUUGCAUGUUACAUCCUCCUGUUGCGUCCUUUAUACGAUUACUACCGUCAUUUCACCAACGCACGCCGUCUAAAUUGCCAAAAGCCGCGUACCAAAGCCACCCGACUACCCUGGGGAAUUGACUUCGUUCGUCGCCUGGCGAAAGCUAGUAACCAAGACAGACUGUGCGAAGAGGUUUCGUCCUUCUUUGAAGAGGAACAAUGCAAUACCUUUCAAGUUUGGCUCCCUCAACGACAUAAACAUUUCUGGACUACGGAACCAAGAAAUGUGCAAGCGAUUCUUGCAACCCAGUUCUCCCAGUUUGAGUUGCCACCGGAAAGAGAGGGUGUCGUCAAACCCAUGUUCGGCAGAGGCAUAUUCUCUGCUAAUGGGACGUAUUGGGAACACUCGAGAGCCAUGAUGAGACCGCAAUUUACGAGACAGCAGAUUGCAGACCUCGAAUUGGAGGAAAGGCAUUUUCAAGAAAUGCUGCUGCACAUUCGACCAGACAAAGAAUCAGGCUGGAUUGAUUCCAUUGACUUGAGGCCCUUAUUUUUUAGGCUAACUAUCGAUUCUGCCACAGAAUUUUUCUUCGGCCAAUCAGUGGGCUCACAAAUCGAGGCUCUGUCAGACAGACCAUUGAAGGAAACACAUGAGAACUACGGCUGGCGCUCCUUAGCCGACCAUUUUGACAGUGGUACAAGACAUUUGGGAACGAGAGCCCGUCUUGGGCCAUUGUAUUGGUUGCAUAAUCCUAGUGAUUUCAGAGAAAAUAGUCACCAAAUUCGCCAAUUUGCGGACUAUUUUGUACAGGAAGCUCUAAAACGGACAGCCAUGGACGACAUGCUGGAGAAGGAGGAAGCCGGUGGCGGCGAAGAAAAAGAUCGUAAAUAUGUCUUCUUGCACGAGUUGAUCAAACAAACCAGAGAUCCUAUUGAACUCCGCUCCCAGCUUUUACAUAUGCUGCUUGCUGGUCGCGACACGACUGCAGGACUACUAUCAUGGGUUUUCUUCCUUUUAGCACGUCACCCAAAGGUAUACCAAAGGUUGCGAGCCACUGUCAUCGAGACAUUCGGACAAUAUGAUUCACCGCAGGAUAUCACAUUUUCGCGUCUCAAGGCAUGCACAUAUCUUCAAUAUGUCAUGCAGGAAACUCUGAGACUCUAUCCACAGGUACCCGUGAACGGGCGCACUGCCACUACUGACACUUGUUUACCUGUUGGCGGUGGGUUGAAUGGCACCGCUCCAGUCUAUAUUAAAAAGGGCGAGCGCGUCAAUUACAGUGUAUAUGGGAUGCAGCGUCGGAAAGACAUCUGGGGCCCGGAUGCGGACGAAUAUAUUCCAGACCGGUGGGCAUCGCACAGAUAUGGAUGGGAGUAUUUGCCAUUUAAUGGAGGCCCUCGUAUUUGUCUUGGACAGCAGUUUGCCCUGACGGAGGCUGGAUAUGUGAUUACGCGGCUGGUGCAAAUGUUCGAUGAGCUGGUUGCUGUUGAUCCUAAGGAACCGGUCAUCAAUCAAUCCACGCUUACGAGCACAGCUAAGCAGGUGCGAGUGAGGCUUCACAAGGCUGACCAAGUCUGUUGA